GCCUCAGCCGAUUUCUUAUACAGCGACGGGCCUGAGCGCAUCACGAUCGUCGCCCUAGCCACUGAGCGCGGAGCGGUGUGAGGGGGACGGUAGGCGUCACCUACUGAAUUUCGCCCGAAAUGUGCAGAUUGUGGCCAGCUUUGGCGUAAACAAUCGCCCUAAAUCAGGGAGACCUGCCAUUAACGAAGGAAAACAACUUUGUUGAUGUUCUGCAGACAUUUAUUGAAGGUCCCAAUUCUACUAUUAACAGAGCCGCUCAAACUCACGAUAUUACUCCCAAGUCCGUUUGGAUAAUUUUAAAGAAAGACAAGUUCCAUCCAUACAAAUUACAAUAUGUUCAAGAAUUGCAAGACGGAGAUGUGGAGCAUCGUAUAGGUUUCUGUGAAAGAAUGAUGGCACUAAUAGAUGUACGGCCCAUGUUCCCUUAUCAAAUUGUUUUUACAGACGAGGCAACUUUCACGUUAACGGGAGAAGUUAAUAAUCAAAAUUUUCGUUUCUGGUCAAAUGAGAAUCCGAAUUGGGUGCGGGAAACUCACACACAAUACACACAAAAAAUUAAUGUAUGGUGUGGAAUAAUAGACGGCUACUUAAUAGGACCGUUUUCUUUUUAAGAAAAUCUGAACGCUCAAAGCAUGAUGGAGCUCCUGCUCAUUUUGAUUUAGGGCCACGUCAAACUUUAAAUAAGACUUUUCCAUUACGAUGGAUAGGAAGAAGGAACAAAAAUGAGGGAGGAGAGGAUUGGCCACCUCGGUCACCAGAUCUAACUCCUCUUGAUUAUUAUCUACUGGGACACCUGAAGAGUAAGGUUUACAAAACAAAACCUAAAAGCAUCCAAGAAUUGAUACAGCGAAUAAGGGAUGAAAUAGAUUUGAUACCUUUUGAGACGAAUCGUACAGCCAUUUCUGCAUUCUAUCAAAGAUUGGCAUAUUGUCAGGAAGUAAAUGGCAACAACUUUCAGCAUUUACUUUAACAUACUGAGUAAAAUUUAUUUUAAAACACGGAAUAAAAGGUUUUGAAUAAUUAAAGAGAGAUGACGGUUUUCAAUCAUCUGUUUUGCAACCUAUCAUGAUAUACAACACAUUCACACUUGUUUAACCACACGCACGCACACAUAUACGCACA